CGCACUCAUCACUAUCCAUCGUUAUUCGCUGUAAAGCUGAUGAUUUAGAACAGCAAAUUGAUCUAUAUUGUCACAUUUGCGCUCACGGAGGUGUUUGUACGCGCUGAGCGCGAGCUCGCGUCGCGUAAACGCCGCUUGAUCCACAUCCGGGUUCGCCGCGCCUCGCUCUGUGCAGUGGUGGUUCAGCGGACCUGAGGGAGAACAUGUUGGCCUGGUUUCUGCUGCUGUGUGCGCCGCUGAUGUUCGGCUGGAUCCGCGCGUCAGAACUCACCUUCGAGCUGCCAGACAACGCCAAGCAGUGCUUCUAUGAGGACAUCACCGUCGGCACCAAGUGCACGCUGGAGUUCCAGGUGGUCACCGGCGGUCACUAUGACGUGGACUGUCGUCUGGAGGAUCCGGAUGGGACGGUCCUCUAUAAAGAGAUGAAGAAGCAGUACGACAGCUUCACCUUCACCGCCUCCAGGAACGGCACGUUCAAGUUCUGCUUCAGCAACGAGUUCUCCACCUUCACGCACAAGACCGUGUACUUCGACUUCCAAGUCGGCGACGACCCUCCGCUUUUCCCCAACGAGAACCGAGUGACGGCUUUAACGCAGAUGGAGUCCGCCUGCGUCUCGAUUCACGAGGCUCUGAAGUCUGUGAUCGACUAUCAGACGCACUUCCGUCUGCGAGAGGGUCAGGGCCGCAGUCGAGCGGAGGAUCUGAACACCAGAGUGGCCUUCUGGUCCAUCGGAGAGGCCUUCAUCCUGCUGGUGGUCAGCAUCAGUCAGGUGCUGCUUCUCAGGAGCUUCUUCUCAGACAAGAAAACCACUACAACCCGCGUGGGGUCAUAACCGGGUCGCGUCGAAGGGGUUUUAUACAAAUGAGUUAUUUAAGCUUAAACACUUUGAGCUUGUUUCUCUAGUCCUGUGUGUGAUCCUCAGCUCGUAUCCUGCAGAAUAUUUCAGCGCUGAGAAUCAAACUGCUUUAUUUAUUUUGUGGCUGUGUGUUGACUCUUUACAUGUAUGUGAAUGUUAAAGGAUGUACAGACACUGUAGACCGGCUCGUAUCAUCAUCAUCAUCAUCAUCAUCACCCGUUCAGUCUUCAUGUUGAAUCCAAGAGAGCUUUAUGUUGUACAAAACAGGCAUCCUUGCAAAUGUUUCCUAGUCGUCUUUUUCUUUUCAUGACGCUGGUGUAAUUGUGUUUCUUUUUUUUUAGCGGUGCAUUGAUUUCUUGUUUGAAUUGGUUAAUAAAUGUCUGGAGGAGCUCUACAGUCCUUUUCAAGUGCACAUCUUAUCAAGUAUAAUUUAUUUUAAGCUGCAAGAAGAGAAAUCUAAGGUUCACUGCACAGAAUCUGAUCAGCUGAGGUGGAUUAAAAGGCCUUAAGAUGGCUUCGUUUGUAUAUGUCUGGUUGUGUAUUGAUUCGUUCAGGUGUGGAUCUGUCUGUGCAUAAACUACAGCAAAACUCACCAGUUUAAAGGAUUGUUUCACACUUUACACUAGCCUAGUUUGUAAUCGCUCAUAAAGCAUAACUACAGCAGAGCUCUGCUCUUUGCCUCCUCUGAUCAGCAUUAAACAAGCUGUGUAACGACACCUUAAUGCCACUUCACAAGCAUUUUUGUGCCACCUUUGCAGUGUAAACGUGACAUUGGCUGUGUAAAGAUGAUUAUUAGUGUGCACAGGUUGCUUCAGUAUUGAGUCACCGCUUGUGAUCACAUUCGUUUGCAUUUAGCAUGAAAGCAAAUGUUUUCUUUGUACAGUUCCCACAGUUGUAAGAAAAAUAAAGCAGAAACGUGAAA